AUGACAACGACAGUUCAUUUCAAUCUGAAUGUACUCCACAAGUCGUGCAUUCAAGUCUGCUCGCUGGCACCCUGGCGCCCCCCCCCCAACAACGAUCCUAUACCUACUAUGGCCCACCUUCUUCUACCUAUCACGGUGGCCCAGCCAUCUAAGAGCCAUCUGGACAGCGAAGCAGUAGAACAACUCUUGCUCUUUUCUCAACAAAUAUCUACCGACGGAAUAGCCUUCACGGCGGCAGGAUUCUUCGUCAUAGACUUGUCACUGCUUUGCACGGUUCUGACUUCGGCCGUUACGUAUGUAAUAAUCUUAAUUCAGUUUAAAUCUCACUGA